UUAUUUGUUUCAGUAAUGCUGUAGACGAUUAGUUAGUUAUAUAGAAUACUCUUGAUGAAAAAUGUGCAAAUUUACAAUAAAAAUUCAAGAAGACGACCUAUUAAAGGCACUUUAUAUGUUACUGGUGAUGGUUUACGUGUAGUUGAUGAUGAAACCAAGGGAUUAAUUGUUGAUCAAACUAUUGAAAAAGUUUCAUUUUGUGCACCUGAUCGAAAUCACGAAAGGGGAUUUUCAUAUAUAUGUAGAGAUGGAACAACACGUAGGUGGAUGUGUCAUGGAUUUUUAGCUUUGAAAGAUUCAGUAAGUUAAUAAAGCUUCUCUUAUUUCUAAGUAUUGUGGUUGCUGUUUGAUAUAAUUAUAAAUAAUGUAAACAGAAAAAUUAAAUCUUGACUAAUCCUAUACAAAAAGUAAUAGUCACUUGCUGCUUGCAAAGUAUUCCUGGAUUAGGUGAUUUAUCAUAAAUUAUGCAUUUUGUAAUGAUAACUACAGGUUGGACCUGCCUUAUAAUUGACAGUAGUUUGGCCAAAUUUCAAAUCAACAUAUGAUAUUCUUUACAUCUUUAGUUCCAUAUUAAUAGUUAAUCUCAUCACUUUAAAAGCAUUUUGAUGAACUAAUUCAAAUUGGAUCAAAAUAACUGAUUUGGUUCUGCUUUUAACAAAUUCUUAUCUCACUGAUUCAGUUUCAGUUCCAAUUCAGUAAAAAUGAUGCAGAUUCUACAUUAUUAACAAAGUUCCAAGGAUUAAUUUGUUGAUUAAAUCAAUAUGAUUCUGUAUAGACCCAAAUUAUUUGUAUGGUCAUAAUAUUGAUUUAAUGAUGCAGGUUCAUUCCUGUUGUUGUUCCAGUAUGGGUUUAGCUCAAAUCUCUGGAUGAAUCUCUUUUAAAAAUAUUAACAUAUUAAAUAUUUUUUGACUUGUUGAGACUUUUUCAAUGUGUUUUAUGUGUGAACUUAAACAAUCUAUAAAGUUGGCAGACUUUUUAAGUACAAAUGUUCAAUUAAAAAUCAUUACAAUAAAUAAUAGGAUUAGCAAUUUAAAAUUUAGUUUC